AGGGAAUUCCCUCCCUGGGCGGUGUCCUGUCACCCUUCUAUUACUCGCUUGCCUACAUUUUUUGGCUUCUAGCCUCCAGCUCCUUCCCCAUCUGUCUUUACGUCCAGCCGGUCAGCUGCCGCCAUGUAUGAACACAUCCGUAAAGUGGUGCUGAGCAGAGCGGUCUGCGAGGAGUCCGACACCAGGGCCAAGUAUGCGGAGCUCUUCACCAAACUGGACAUCAACCAGGAUGGGAAGGUGGACAUCUUGGAGCUUCAGCAGGGCCUCAAGGCUAUGGGCAUGGCUGUGGCAGCAGGCGCUGAAGAGAAAAUUGUUGCAGCUGGUGAUACAAACAAGGAUGGACAUCUAGAUUUUGGAGAAUUUAUGAAAUAUUUGGAAGAACAUGAGAAGAAAAUGAAAAUUGCAUUUACCAGCCUAGACAAAAAUAAAGAUGGGAAGAUAGAAGCAUCUGAAAUCACGAAUUCGCUUAAGAUUUUGGGCAUAAACGUCUCUUUGGACCAUGCAGAGAAAAUCCUCCAAAGUAUGGAUGCAGACGGAACCCUUACUGUUGACUGGAAUGAGUGGAGGGACCAUUUUCUGUUUAACCCAGCUGAUAACAUUCAAGAAAUUAUCCGUUACUGGAAACAUUCAACGGUUCUGGAUAUUGGUGACAGCCUCACUAUCCCUGAUGAGUUCACUGAAGAAGAGAAGAAGACUGGCCAAUGGUGGAGACAGCUGUUGGCUGGGGGGAUGGCUGGAGCGGUGUCCCGUACAGGAACUGCACCCCUUGAUCGUCUGAAAGUCAUGAUGCAGGUCCAUGGGUCUAAAGCAAACACAAAUAUGUUAAGCGGUCUGAAGCAAAUGAUAAAGGAAGGAGGUAUCCGGUCCCUGUGGAGAGGAAAUGGAGUGAAUGUCAUUAAAAUUGCUCCAGAGACAGCCAUGAAAUUCUGGGCAUACGAGCAGUACAAGAAGAUGUUCACCUCAGAGAGUGGCAAAUUGGGCACAGCAGAGCGAUUUAUUGCCGGGUCUCUAGCAGGAGCAACGGCGCAGACUUCAAUAUACCCUAUGGAGGUCAUGAAGACACGUUUGGCUGUGGCAAAGACAGGACAAUAUAAGGGAAUGUUUGACUGUGCAAAACAGAUUCUGAAAAAAGAAGGUGUGCUGACCUUUUAUAAAGGCUAUGUACCCAAUAUCCUGGGCAUCAUUCCUUAUGCCGGCAUUGACCUUGCCAUCUAUGAGACCCUUAAGAAUGCCUGGCUUCAGAAAUAUGCAACAGACUCUGCCAACCCAGGAGUGUGGGUCCUUCUAGGCUGCGGCACCGUUUCCAGUACCUGUGGCCAACUGGCUAGUUAUCCAUUAGCCCUUAUCAGGACUAGAAUGCAAGCUCAAGCUUCAAUAGAGGGUGCUCCUCAGCUAAACAUGGGGGGCCUCUUCCGCAAGAUUAUAGCUAAGGAGGGUUUCCUAGGUCUCUACAGAGGAAUUGGUCCAAAUUUCUUGAAAGUGCUUCCCGCUGUCAGUAUCAGCUAUGUGGUGUAUGAGAAGAUGAAGGUGCAUCUUGGGAUCUAGAAAUAUCGAACUGCCAAGAUUUCUCCUCAGGAACUCCAGUGUGUGUGUGUAUAGUUUUGGCUGUGUGAAUUCCUCAGUGAACUAUGAACUCUUCAUGAUAAGAACCUCUGGACCUACUGAGCCAUUGCCAGCCUAUAUCAUGUGUAUGGCAGUUUGUAUUAUUAUAGCCUGUCAUUUUCUA